UUAAACGUACUUUUUUUAUUCUUUUCUAAAUACAAUGACCAUAUUUCAGUAUAUUACAUUCUUUGUAGCCCUUAUUUUCAUCAUAUUCUACAAUAUAUGGAAACGCAACAAAAAUCUACUUACACCAAAUUGGCCAAUAGUUGGCAUGCUACCAACACUUUUGCAUAAUCUAUCCAAUAGGCAUGAUUUUGGAACCUAUAUUUUGAAACAUCAUGGAGGCACUUUUCACUUUAAAGGACCUUGGUUCACAAACAUUGCCAACUUUAUCAUCACCAGUGAUCCUAUGAAUGUGCACCACAUCACUAGCAAGAAUUUCACCAACUAUGGGAAAGGGUCUGAUUUCCAUGAGAUUUUUGAACUUCUGGGUGUUGGUAUUUUCAAUUUGGAUUCCAAUGAAUGGAAACAAAGGCAAUGAAGAGAAAAGAAGAUUGAGAAGCAGUGAAGAUGUGGAUGAAUCAAAUUCUUGCUUGCUAAAAGAACUAAUGAAGAAAGGAAUAAUGGAAAAGGGAGAAAUGGUUGAGAAAUACAUUAGAGACACUACAAUCAAUGUUUUGUUUGCAGGAAAUGGAUCAAUUAGUUCAAGUUUGUGUUGGUUCUUUUGGCUUGUUUCAACUCAUCCUAUUGUGGAAGCAAAAAUUAUUCAAGAGAUCAAAGAUAAUUGUUUAACACAUAAGGAAAAUUUGAUCACAAGUUUAAGUGUAGAAGAGCUUGAUAAGCUAGUUUACCUUCAUGGAGCUAUAUGUGAAGCUUUAAGGCUUUAUCCUCCUAUAGCAUUUGAGCACAAGUGUGCAGUUAAAUAUGAUAUACUACCAAAUGGAGAUCAUGUAAGUCCAAAUACAAAGGAAAUAUAUUAUUUGUAUGCAAUGGGAAGGAUGGAACAAAUAUGGGGUGAAGAUUGUUUGGAAUUUAAGCCUGAAAGAUGGAUAUCAGAUAGAGGACAAAUUAUACAUGUAUCGUCUUACAAGUUCAUAGCAUUCAAUGCAGGUCCUAGAAGUUGUCUUGGGAAAGAUAUGAGCUUUGUUCAAAUGAAAAUGGUUGCUGUUGCAUUGUUAUGGAAGUUCAAGAUACAAGUGGUGGAAGGUCACUUUAUAACUCCAAGGAAUUCUAUUCAAAUUCGUAUGAAACAUGGAUUUAAGGUCAAAAUCAAUAAGAAAUACAUUUGAUUUAAGAAUUGAAUUGAUAUAAGUUCUAUGAAAUUUAAAUUAUAAUGUUUCCUUGAACCUAUUUAUAUGUCUCUAUUUGUUCUAUUCAAAUAUCUUUAUGGUCAGAUUAUACUAUUUUUGUAGUUGUGUUUGUUAUUAUCAAAUGGAUGUGUGUAUUCUUAAUGCAUAUGUUU